AUGGAGGCAGCGGCGAACAAGCGCAGCGGCAUCGGGUUCGGCGCCACGGCGGCCGCGGAGGAGGAGAAGGGCCGCAAGAGGGGCCACGGAUCCACCGCGCUGUUCGUGGCGGUGGACUACGCCUUCCUGCUCGCCUUCGCCGGGUUCCUCGCCUACCUCGUCGUCUCCCAGAUCCUCCCUUCCGCCAUCUAG